CCCCUCUGCCCCUGUUUUUGAAUUAUUGUUGUACCAGGAAAGGGCGAAUACUAAAUGAAAAAGGGGGGCAGGGGGGACGGACUGGGACUGGGAUUGGAGAAAAGUCAAGAAUGGAACAUGAGCGGAAUCAAAUCAGAUAGUGGGAUUGUGAGGUUAAUAAAUGGGCAAUGGACACGAUUGCAGGGCAUAUUCCAGAGGAGCCCCGCCCUCUUAUCCUCUCCACUACCCAUUACCAUUCUUUCAUUCAAUUCUUCAUGGCGCUGCGAAAUACAUAGCCUGGAACGAAGCACGCUACUUUACUCUGUGUGGGGAAGAUGGCGUGUUUCGUUUCAGGCUUAUGCAUCUUCAAACGUCAACUGCAAAUGGAGUUUCCAGUUUCCUUUGCAAGUUAUCGUUCUGUGAGAUUGAUCAUAUGAAGGGAUAUCAGCAAAACAUUUGCAUGGGGGGCUGGGUUUACAUUGAUCAUAUUGAGGAUGUAUGAGCAAAACUGUUUACAUUGAUCAUGUGGAGGACGUAUAAGCAAAAGUGUUUCAUGGGGCUGGGGGGCCUGGGUUUACAUUGAUCAUGUGGAGGAUGUAUGAGCAAAACUGUUGCAUUCAACUUUGUUCAGUGGUUAAAUGUAAAUUUUCAUCGUUUUUGGGUGUAUAUGAUACUAUAAAGUGAUAGGAAGAUAGCUGAAAAAUAUUUUAGAAUAAAUAGUAUUGCAUCUUGUUUUCUGUGAAUCAAUAAUAAUGAGCUAUGUAAGAGGUUCAAAAUCUAAAAUCUAGAUCAUUAGGGUAUUAUACGUUGGCCAUCCAUAAAGUGGGUUAGAUUGAUCAUAUCAAGGAUGUAUGAGCAAAACUGUUUACACACAACUUAGUUCAGUGAUUAAAUUUAUUUU